CCACGGAGGCGCUCUCUUGCUACUCCUACUCAUUCAUUUUCAAAACCACCGUGGACAGGAAACAAGAGAACAUCAGCUGCCAGUGCUCUACAGUCCAAUCGACAGAUGCUCGAAGCUUUGAUGAAGGAGCGAUCGAAAGCCGUCGCCAACUUGAGUAUCCCGUCACCAUCAUCAAUGAAGUCGAGGCAAAACAGUCCGAGAAUGUCGCCCGCAUCUAUCAGAGCCAAUCAUAGUCUAGCUCGACCAUCGUUAUCCAGGAGAUCAUCGAUUACCUCUGAAACUGAGUCAGAUGCUUCGCAACCCGACACAUUUGAGACAAUAAGUUUGUUAAAAGACGAUGAAGAAGCAGCCCGCCUGGAUGCAAUGGUACGACAUGUUAUCGACAUGGGAUCGUCGCCACCAGCUGACGUCAGGGAAUCUUCUUCUUCUCCAAGACAUCUGACAUCAUCCAAUCUUCGUUUGGUUGGUGGACAUCCUGUCUUUAAGCGGCGCGGCUCAUGCUCAUUAGAUUCAGGUAGUAGUAUUUCACUCUCUGAUACAGCCUCCGUCACAUCCGAGCAGGAGUCAACGUCAUCGACCACCAACCAAACUGAAGAUGAGUCACGGAGAAUGUCAAGAUUGCGGAUUCGAAGGGGCACUAUUUGCAUGGGGUCGUUGAGUGCGAUGAUGGCCUCGGCACAGGGAGAAAGCAUUAUACGGUCAUCAUCAUCCAGUCCAUGCCCCUUCCAAAACUUGAAACAACGUUCAAAUGUUGACAUUGAAGAGGAAGUAGAAGAAGAGAUCCAGGAAAAAUUCAUGCAAAGAAAGAGUCAGCUUUUGAUGCAAGCAGCACAGGAAAGCGUUCAUAUGCCACCAGCUGGAAGGAACACUAAAGCCCGGGCAAUCGCAAAGACAACCAACGCCAGAUUGCAGAAAACCAUGGGCAAUCUUACGAUGGAAAGAACAACAGCCGAACUGCUAACCAUGACAGCAGCGAUGAAUGCCGCAGAAAGGAGAAGGGACUUUGGUGGUAUUCAAAAAUCAAAAUCAUUGGACUGUGAAUGAACUCAUUGAAGAAUAAAACCAUAUGCAAUUCAUAUUUAAAAACUGAUAACUAGAUCAACAUGGAAUUUAUUAAUCUACAUUUUCAUUUCUUAUAAUGAUCUUUUUCAACGAGGAAUCGCAUUUUUGUCAGCAAUUUGAUCAACCAUGGAGAAAAAAACAUGGUGUUUUAGUGGUAGAGCAGCGGGCUUGAGGUCCCAGCAGGUCCCGGGCUUGAAACCAAUUCGGUGCGCUAGUGCCCUGUGGUAAGGCAUUAAUCCUAAUUACCAAGUUCCUCGGAGAGGACGUAAAACCGUCGGUCCAGUGGUUGCUUACUUACAAGCAUACACAUGCUUUCUUAGCAGUACGGUAACCCCCCCAAAAAUCAAACAAACAAUUUAUAUUAUUGAUCUAUCUGACGAACAGACUUGUGAACAUUGAAUCGUUCUUAUAAAAUUGUGUAAUAAUUGUAAUUAUAAACUUGUAAAAUUUUGCUCUUGUCAUCAGAAACUUUCGGUUAUCAUAAAAACUGAUUUUAUUGAUGAUUUAGCAUGUAUUGGACGGAGACCUGUAAAGUAAGGAUUAUAGUUUCCACAAUAAACUGAAAUCAUACUAGAAGGGACUAGUAUAUUGUUUGCAAACAUUCAUUUAUUGCAUACGUAGACUCAAUCUUUACCUUGAUGUUCACAGAAUAGACUGGCUCUGUAUCGCUUUCUAUCUGUUUGUCUAUAGUGUUGUUCAGACGGAGGCAAUUUACCCCAGGGUAAAUGUCGUGUUAAGAGCUAGUCGGGGUAAUGGUGAAGUAGGCAUAGGUGUUAAGGUCGGAGUAGUGACCGUCUAAACGAUAGUCGUGUAAGCUAAGCCUACCUUUACCCCGACCUAUUUACUCCUGGAUUUAUCCAAGAGUAACUAUGUCUUACUAACACGACUAGAGGGUAGCGUAAGUUGACCGCGUGGAUGCUCUCACUUACACUCGGGAGUAUCUGUGACCUUUCACGAGGGUUGUUUGUUACAAUAGAAAAUGAAAAUUAAAUUUCGCACGGUUUAGAUGCGGAAGGUGGGUUGAGGUCGACUAGUGCGGGCGCCAUCACUUCCGUAGUAAGUUACGCUGGUCGGUGGAAGUUCGUCUUGAUAGAACUUUUUUUUUAUCUCAACUGAGCGAUAUGCGGAUAAGAAACAGUUGGAGGUCUGAUCGUAAAACAAGGGGUGAGCCUUUGCUAGGCUCAUGGACACAGUCUUAACCAGCCAUCCGCAAAAACCUCACUCGGGUAGAUUACCAUAACAACCGCAACUCCCUCAUCGUGAUCAGCUGGCGCGCACUAUUGUGUGCGUUAGCGCGGGAAAUUUUUCCCGGUAAUUCAGAAUCGGGAGCGCAAUUUAGUCAUGCACGCUAUAAUUUCGCUGUAAUAAAAUGGUAUUAGUAUCGUUCGAUAUAUAUAUACUCUAUUAUCUAUUAGAAUCUAUUAUCUUCAAUCCGACUUCGAACUUAAUCAGUGUUGAACAUGGAUUUGCGGUGGAUAGCCAUUACUAUUGAUUGCGUUUCGUGCAAUUCACAGCAUGCAUUUAAGCAACCGAUGUUUACAUUUUUCACGGUCCUGACGUCAUCUACCCGGGAAAGUUCCGCGAGCGUCUUAUGCAUGGAUUACAUUUGCUCGGGCGCCGUACGAUAAAUUGGUCUAAGAUUUUCCGUGCGAUUUUUAGGGCAUCGUAGGAGGCUACGGGCUACGAUGUUUGUGUUUACAUUAUCUUCGAGCAUCGUGCCAUUUCUUGUAUUGACCCUCGAGGGGCAGGCCGGGGCUAAUCCGUACAGAGGCUGCUUGGAAAUUGAACGAAAAUCAGGCAAAUGCAGUGCAGUAGCCGUGCAGUCUCCGCAGCCUCCGCACGGAAAUCGUACGAAGCCCGUGUAGCUUCCGUGCAGAGGUUUGGCGAGAAGGCGCGGUGACCGUGCAGCCGCCGUGCCGUCUUUGAGCGUUUUUUUCCCCCAUGUUCACCAAAAAAAUCGUGCGUUUGCUGCACGAUCAGCGGGAGGCCUCCACGAGAUGCCCGUGGGGGGGGGGGGGGUCGUGCAAUGCAACAUACGACAUGUCUCCAGGCUACGGGCUUACGAUUUUUUUCGAAUUUCUAUAAAUUCCCGCGAAACAAAAUCGUAGAGGUCGCGGAGCCCGUGAAUCCGUACGAAUAUCUCACGGCCACCUCCUGCCUCCACACGGAGGCCGCACGGAAAAGGGGGUACGGGCAGGAUACGGGCUCCGUAGACUAAUCCCAGGCCAAAUGUAAUCCAGGCAUUAACUCGCCGUUUGUCAGGAUGUCGUCCGGAUGUUGCCGCGAUCUCACCCUGCAUGGUGAUUGAUUGAGGGGUAGCCAAUCCUCAAUGAAACAUAUUUGUUUACAUACUAUUCCACGAAUUUUCCGAACUUGGUUAGUUUUCUUCAUUGAUUUGGCACUGUAUAUAUAAACUUAUCGUGGAAAUCGGUUGUUUUUAAUUGAUACACAUUGCAGUGAUUUAUUCUUUUACAUGUAGAAUGACAGUUCCUCUGUUUAUGCUUAUGAAAGUGCAAACUUUUUCUGUACUUCUUCAGGAUAUGAUGUAAUUGAUAUCAUUCUGAUUGUAUAAUUGAAUAAAAAUCUUUCGUGUGAAGUUUAA